AAGGAGGGCCUUGGAGUCAUCUCUCAGCAACAAGGAGAGAAGUUGAAGCAGCCCCAGUUCCUUCCUAAACAAGAGGAGCACACAGAGAGAGAGAGAGAGAGAGCAUAACAAUGUGUCUCCUAGCUUUCCAGAAACUAGUCAGUUUGUCAGAAAUGAAGCUCCCAAAUGGAUGGUAGAUAAAGCAACAGGAAAACCUCAAGAUGUAUCAGCAUCAAGCUCAACAAACCCACAGUAGCCUCGUUUCUUCUCGGACACCGUAUCCUUCAGAGAGGCACUUGUUUCUGCAAAGAGGAAGUGCCCCAGGAGAGUCUGGAUUAGUUCUUUCGACUGAUGCUAAGCCUAGACUAAAAUGGACUCCUGAGCUCCAUGAAAGAUUUAUUGACGCCGUCAAUCAACUAGGUGGAGCAGACAAGGCUACUCCGAAGACGAUCAUGAGACUGAUGGGCAUUCCAGGACUCACUCUGUAUCAUCUAAAAAGCCAUCUUCAGAAAUACAGGCUUGGCAAAAACCUCCAAGCUCAAACAAGCACUGGAAGUUUAAAGAACUUUAUUGGGUGUACAAUACCAGAAGAGAGAACAGAGGAUAAUGGAUCCGCGAUAAAUACUGUGGCUCCGGCAAACAAAACCAUGCAUAUAAAUGAAGCUCUCAGAAUGCAAAUUGAGGUGCAGCAAAAGUUACAUGAACAACUUGAGGUGCAAAGGCAUUUGCAAUUCCAAAUAGAGGCGCAGGGAAAGUAUUUACAGUCGGUGCUGGAAAAGGCUCAAGAGACGCUUAGGCAGCAAAACCUGGGCUCUGCAGGGCUGGAAGUUACUAAGCUCCAACUCUCAGAGUUGGCUUCCAAACUCUCAAGCGAGUACAUCAACAACUCAUCAUUUCCAGGUUCUGAAGGAAAUGGCAGCCAACAUAUGCUACAGCUAAAUCCAUCCCAACUUGCUGAUUGCUCAGUGGAAAGUUGCUUGACUUCAUCUGAGGGUUCACAAAAAGACCAAGACAUGCAUGAUGCGGGUAUGGGGUUGAGAACUGCUGCUGUUGUUCACCAGGAAGGUUUUUCUCUGAGCAUGAAACAGUUUGGAGGGCGCAGCAAGCUCGAGCAUACUCGACACGCAUGGUGCAGCGAUCCAAGCGAGCAGAAGAAGACUUUAUCCAUGUUAAAAGAUCCAGAAACAGAGAACAAGUCGCUUGAACAUCCAAGCAGCAAGAGAGCAUCGGUGCAACACGAUAGAAGAAAGCAACCAGAUGGGUUUGGUCUUCCAUGUCUUACCACAGAAUUAGAACUGAAAAUCCAUGAAGACAAUGGAGGUGCAUCAGGGUGCAAGCAGUUUGACUUGAAUGGCUUCUGUUGGAACUAAUUCAUGGAAAGGAAGUCCAUUUUAACAGUGCUAAGUUGAUUAAGCUGAAGAGAUGGCGCGCUGAGCAAGUGACGGUGAGAUUAAUUGAACGAAGACUUUAGAUUGGAGCAGGGACUAUGAACGGGAGCGAAAAUCCUUCCUCGCACACUCGAGCGAGCAAUCAGACAUUAGUGCCCAAAACCAGGGAACGGUCCAUGAUGAAGGCCCUUCGAUGCUCAAAUCAGUGUAAUACCCGAGCGACAAAUUAAACAGUAGACGUGUAGCAGAGCAUGUGCAUAGUAAAAAUAUGUUCCAAAGUAUACCUUACCAAU